UUCAGCCUCCUGACAGCCUGGUGGUGUGUGCCUGUUACUGCUGGUGCUGCUCAGAAUUUGCAUUUCCUUAACAUGAACUUCCUCAUUAAACUGCUGCACUGAAGGGAGUGGUGCAGUCUGUGUUUCUGGUCAUUUGACUGACCCAUUAGGUUUUUUAAAUAAUUUAAAUGUAACUGACAUCAUUUAUAAGAUUUGUAAAUGAUCACUGUACACUAACAAUGUUGGUUUCAUCUAACAGAGCAAAGAUGCAGUGGAGUCUGUUUGUGCUCAUUCUGAUGGGUCAGUGUUCCUUCUUCACAUGUCACCUCUAUGAGUACCACUUCAUUCCUGAGAGAAAGACCUGGGAUGAAGCCCAGAGUUAUUGCAGAGAGCAUUACACUGACCUGGCCACAGUGUCUGACAUGAGAGACGUGGAGAGACUGACUAACCCUCCACAGACUACAGACGCCUGGAUUGGACUGCACAACAUACCAGGAAUGUCGUGGCACUGGUCUCUGCCGGGGGUGGAGUUCAAAGAAUCUGAGACAGAAUGGGAGACAGGUCAGCCGGAUAAUAAGGCUAACUGUGUGGGGAUAAGAGGUCAACAAUGGUGUGAUAUCCCUUGUAAUGAACAUCGUGGGUUCAUCUGCUACAAUGAACCAAAUCAAACAUACCACUCUAUAGUUGAGACCAAGAACUGGCUUCAGGCUCAGAGCUACUGCAGAGAACAUCACACUGACCUGGUCAGUGGAUUCAAACAGAUGAAUUCAACAGAAUUCAAGGAAACAAUCAAAACAUUGUCAAAUCCAGAUAACGAGUUUUGGAUCGGCCUGUUCAGAGACACCUGGAGUUGGUCAGAUGGGAAGAAUUUCUCUUUCAGACACUGGGAUUCGGACUCAUUUGAAGAUGAUGCCUCAAAGAAAUGUGCUAUGACUAAGCCAAAUGGAAAAUGGAGCUCCGACACCUGCACAAAUAAAAAACCCUUCUACUGCUAUGAGGUGCCAGACAAAGUGAUCCUGAUCAAAGAGAAGAAGACUUGGGAUGAGGCCCUGACUUACUGCAGAGAGAACCACCGUGACCUGGUCUCCAUCACUGACAGUCACCAGCAGAGAUGGGUCCAAGAGAGAGCCAAGAUGGCCGACACUGAGUUCGUCUGGCUGGGAAUGCGCUACACCUGCACUCUGGAUCUGUGGCUAUGGGUCAUUGAUCGUCUGGUCUGCUUUGACAACUGGGCCACAGACCAAAUGGAUGAGCAGUGUGGCAUGGCUGGAGUCAUGGAGAGAGAUGGAAAGUGGUACAAAAAGCCUGACCAUAAAAAGUUUAAUUUCAUCUGCGCUAAGUAAACCCAUUGGUAUAUUUACUGCUACAAGCUCACUCUUCUCUAAUCUGUAUCUGCUCUCUGGGUUUAUUGAAUGGCUCUAGUUCAAAUAUAGAAAUCACAGCCUGAAGAGGGGAGAAACUAAAUUACUAACUGAAGUACUUUAUGAUAUGGUUUUGUCUUAAAGUGUGAAACCUGUAAUCUUCAUUUGAAUUGUUGUUGUGUCCUAUUAUAUGUUUAUGAGGAAACGUAUAUAAAAAGACACAUCUAUUAUGUUUUGCUUUCCAUAAAAUAUUUUACGUUAUGGUUGAAAUGUGGUGAUGGUUAUAAUAUGUGUAUCACUAUUUUUGUCAUAUUUACCUUUUGUGGAGUUUUAACUGGAUGUUUAAUUGUCUAAAGCUGAAUAAACGAUCUGACC